UUAUCUCUCCUUAGCAUUCGCCUAAGCAUAUGCCGGAUGCGUAGUCGGCUACCUUAUUUUGAAAAGACCGCAUGACCGGAAGUCAUAUUUUGUCACCCUGGGAGGGAGGACAGCUUAGCAAAGCUUGCAAAUUGAUGAGUUAUUUAAUAUAAAAGAAGGGAGGAUGAGCAGCUCAGAGGAGGUGUCCUGGAUAUCGUGGUUCUGUGGACUCAGAGGGAACGAGUUCUUCUGCGAGGUUGAUGAAGACUACAUACAGGACAAGUUUAACCUGACGGGGUUGAAUGAGCAGGUGCCUCAUUACCGCCAGGCUCUGGAUAUGAUUCUUGACCUGGAGCCAGAUGAGGAGCUUGAAGAUAAUCCAAACCAAAGCGAUCUGAUAGAGCAGGCAGCAGAGAUGCUGUACGGCCUUAUACAUGCACGUUACAUCCUCACAAACAGAGGCAUUGCACAAAUGUUGGAAAAGUAUCAACAGGGGGAUUUUGGCUAUUGCCCCAGAGUGUAUUGUGAGAAUCAGCCAAUGCUUCCGAUUGGUCUAUCAGAUAUACCGGGAGAAGCAAUGGUGAAGCUUUAUUGCCCAAAGUGCAUGGAUGUGUACACCCCUAAAUCCUCCAGGCACCACCACACGGAUGGAGCCUACUUUGGCACGGGGUUCCCUCACAUGCUGUUCAUGGUGCACCCAGAGUACCGCCCAAAGCGACCCGCCAAUCAGUUUGUGCCAAGGCUGUACGGGUUCAAAAUCCACCCAAUGGCUUAUCAACUCCAGCUUCAGGCAGCAUCAAGUUUCAAGAGCCCAGUAAAGGUGAUUCGCUAGAAGCCAUCUUUGACAAAGACAGUGGACUCAGAGACUUUGUUUACAACUUGCGUAAAGCAAUGGAUUGUGUAUAACCAAUAAAUACCUGUACAGUUCUCCAAACUCACCUCUGUGUUGAUAAGCACUUUCAGAUUCAGCCAUUUCCUCUCCUUUCGGAGGCAGUUACAGUUGAGCAGUUUUUAAUUAUAAUAAUUAAUUAUUCAUUAAUGGUUGAGCUCCAGACAUGUGGUUCAACCUUAACUGAUGUCAGUCCGUCUUUUCAAAAUAAAGGGGUUUCUCUUUUAGAUUGAAAAGUGACUUUUACUCAGUGAUAAUGAAAACUGCAGUUUGCUUUGCGGCUUUUGAAUGUUGAAUUGAAUGUAACAGAAUGUCUCACCACCAGCCCCAAGAGGUUUGCCUUACCAGUGGUUAAGCCUCAUGAAAAUGUAACUAUCAAAUCCAGAACACAUGUAGGAAUGUGCUUAGAUGUUGCUCUUGUAAUAUGUGCAAAUAUAAUCAGGUGCUCUUACCAACAACCAGUGAAUACCAAAUUAGAGAGACAAAGAAAAGAAAAAAGGACCUAUGCUUGUUUUAAAUGUUACUCCUCAGUUUCAUGAGAUAUAGUGGCAGUGUAUUUGCUUGUUUAGACAGCUCUAACAAUCAUUUCCUGAUGGCUCUGUUUGUAUAUGUUUAAAUAAUGGGAUAACGCUCUAGACCAGGGAUGUCGGAACAUAAGGCUCUGGGGCCAGAAGUGGCCGGCAAAGACUCCAAUCCGGUCCACUUGAACUUUCAACUCUAUUUUCAUAAAUUUGGCAGCGUUUCUUAUUGAUAAAGAUCUCCCAUUCAUAAUACAUCACAAUGAUUAAUAAUUACAUAAAGGUUUGUUUUUCCACUACAUACUAUGAUUUGGGUUUUUUGUUUUGUUUUUGUAGGUUUCUGUGAAGUUAUGAAAACUUUAUAUUGUAUAAUUACAGAAUAGUCUGGGCAAUGAACUUCCAGAACUGCUGUAAUUUUAAACAUCCAUCAGUUUCAUUGAUUCGGCUGAUUUAAGAUCAAAGUGGGCUGACUUUGUAAAAUGAGUUUGACAUCCCUGAUCUAGACAGAUGUGACUUUUUUUUUUUUUUUUUAAGAGUUUGGUAUUGAACGUGCAACAUCCACUGCAAAACAAGUAACUGGCAUUAAAUAUUUAUUUCUUAUCAAGAGCUCAUUUUUAAUGUGACGUGCUUCAUUCAUAGACAGCCCAACAACAUGCAAAAUAAUGCAUAUUUUAUUUUAUUUUCCAUAAAAAGACAGGGAUAAGUCACAAAGCAACAAUAUUUUCAAUUUUCUAAAAACUAUUAUUUUUUUUCUUAAUGUGAAACUACUUUUUUAUCGAUGGAGGAAAAAAUGCAGAUGUGGUUGAGUUUUAGCUAUAAUAGCAAUGGCUUCUUUUCUUUUUCUUUUUUUUAGUUUAAAAAAAUGCUACCAAACAUGCUACCUAGAAGAGAUUCAUAUGUUUUCUUCUCUAUGAAAAAGUACAGGAAAAACAGCAAGUGAGAGCAACCUACUCAGACUAUGUGGUUAAAAAGGCUUUACAAACUUGGUUGAUUAUGAAUGUAGUAUUUAACAUGGUGGAAGCCUGGAAACCAGCUUGUGGUGAAACAUCACAAUACAUCAAAUCACAUGAAACAUUUCCUACUUUACAAAUAAAUUACUGUAUAGUAGAACACGUAAAAAAAAAAAAGACAACGUGUGCUCCCGUGACAGGAAAAGCCACAUUUAUCGGGCAGCUGCCUUCAUGGCUUACAUGUGUGGCUAUUGUGACAAACAAGCUUUUAUAUUUAUUGACCUCACUUGACUGAACAUACAUGUACAUUUACAAUAGAGGUGGAUAAUAAAUACAUGGACAUUCCUCAUACAAUCAUACGGAGGUCUGUAGUCUUACAAAGAAUAUCAAAACCUGAGAUAAACAGACCAAAAACCUGUAAAAACUUUUCAUAUCAACCAAAUAUGUUCAAAGCAGGUAGGACUUCUAUUAAAAUGAACAAAAACAGAGCUGAGUAAAUCUCCACUGUUAUCUGUGAGUUCUGUAAAGUCGCAUGAACUUGGUGGACUACGAGAGGAAACGAAUAAGAAUGAUUCAGGGUGAUUCAGGCAAGACGAGUCUUAAAUAGAGACCUCAAAAUUCAGUAAAACAGUACAAAUGGUAACCUACAUUUUCAUGAGCAGAUAUGAAUAACUUAAAAACCUCACAUUUGUACAAAUACUAUAAAAAGCAUUACUUCUAUAAAAUAGAGAAAUAUUUCAAAAUAGAUCAAUUUUUUUUUAAUUCAAACUUUACAAGAAUAUGUAGGCUACUGGUUCUUGGCUGGUUGGGGAAGAAAAGAUUAACUUAUUUUUUAUUUAUUUCUUUAUUUUUGUACCUGAGACGUGAACAAACUGUCCAAAUUUGAGCAGAAAAUAUCUUUGUCCACAUAGAGAUGUGAGGUAUGUCAUUUCAUUAAAAUAAAAAAAGUCUCUCCUGAAUUAAAUAGACAAGUAAACAACAAGAAAAAAAAUAAAGA